AUGGCCAUCGGAAACGACAACAAAGGCGUGGCGGGAGAAGCUGGCGACGAGCAUGGCUCGCAACACCUCUGGGGAGCGAAGAACUCGCUGCGCCGGGUGGCAGGACUGGGGAAGCCGCAAGCAGGCGACGAAGGUACGCCACUGCUGGCGGGCGGGAGCAGCCCCUCGAGCGAUGGGCCUGAAGCGGGAAAAGGGGAAGCCGAGUGGGAGGGACAGGCAGACUACGAUGGCUUAACGUGGUGGCAUAGGCCAUCUAUGUACUGGCUAUUGCCACCCUUCUUCCUCUUUGCGCUGGCGGCCGGGGGGAUUAUCGUGCCCAAGCUCAACCUGAUCCUGCAACUCGUGUGUCGGGAAUACUUCAUGGAGAAGUCGUCUGCGAAUCCGCAGAUGGUCUUGAAGCCUGUCUUACUGGGCUCGGAUAAUCCGCAAUGUCGAAUCCCAGAGGUGCAAGCGCUAGCUACGAAGUUCUCGCUCUACAUGACGACUAUUACCGGGGCCUUAAGCGCAGUUGUGUCUCCCAAACUGGGUGCUUGGUCGGAUCGAUAUGGACGUCUGAAGUUUCUUACAAUCACCAGCGCAGGAGCUUUUAUCGGAGAGAUCCUCGUCAUUCUGGCAGGGACCUAUCCGGAUACCUUCAGCUAUCAUUGGAUCCUUCUUGGCUCUGUUUUCGAUGGAAUUUGCGGCUCUUUCAACGCUGGCAUGGCGCUUACCCACGCCUACGCAUCGGACUGUACGGCCCCUCCGAAACGAGCGGUGGCUUUUGGCUAUUUCCAUGCUUGUCUGUUCGCUGGAAUAGCAAGUGGACCCUUGAUUGCCGCUCUCAUGGUUAAAAAGACUGGCUCGAUCAUUACUCCCUUCUACUUUGCGCUUGCAAUCCAUGCAGCUUUCAUCGCCUUCAUCUUACUCGUGGUCCCCGAGUCCCUGACCAAGAAACGUCAGAACCUCGCUCGAGAACGACACGCCACAGAAUCCAGCCCGGUCAUGACCUCGGACGUCUAUGACUCCAGUGCAUACAGCAACGGCCGGUCCUCCAUCUCCGCCCUCGGCCGAAAACUAAACAUCCUCGAACCCCUCAAAAUCCUCUGGCCAACAGGCGCCGGCACCUCAGGCAAACUCCGCGCCAACCUGAUCCUUCUCUCCAUCGUCGACACCAUCGUCUUCGGCGUCGCCUUGGGCGCCCUGACGGUCGUCGUCUACUACCUCGGAUUCCAGUUCGCCUGGGACACUCCCGAGAUCGCAGCCUUCUCCUCCCUCGUAAACAUCUGCCGCGUCUCCGCGCUGCUUAUCAUCCUCCCCUUGCUCAACUACCUCGUGCGCACCCGUCGCGCAAACCGCGAAAGACGAGAAUCGGGCGUCGCUGUAGCUCAGCCCAACACGGGCUCUGAUAAGCUGGAUCUAGUGAUCAUACGAGCGGCUAUUGUGGCGGAGAUUGUCGGGUAUGCGAUGUAUGCUACAGUGCGCACACCUGGGAUCUUUGUACUUGCUGGUGUUAUCGCCUCGCUAGGAGGAAUCGGCAGCCCUACCUUACAGUCCGCACUCACAAAACACGUGCCGCAUGACAGAGUAGGACAACUACUCGGCGCGACAGGCCUGCUGCACGCGCUGGCGAGGGUCAUUUGCCCUCUGAUUUUUAACCUGAUAUACGCCAAUACGGUGGGCACUUUCCCGCAGGCGGUAUUUGUGGUAUUGACGGGAUCUUUCGUGGUGGCCGCGGUGUGCGCUUGGUUUAUCAGGCCGAACAUCUACCUCGAAGACCCUAGUGAACACAAUAUAGCGCAAAGGUCAUCGACUGACCCUGACGUUCUCGUCGACGAAGAGAUCACCGGUAUCUAA